AAUAGAUGACAUUAUUGUCCGUGUAAGUACUUGGAAUAAAUGUCAUCCACAUAAGGCGUAAUUCGACACUAACUUUGCUGCCUACGUAUAUAUCUAUUGUUUGAAAAUGUCCAUGUGUACUGACCCGAUUUCACGCAGGUUGAGGCAAGGCGGUUACAGAUGACAACAUCCCCGGCUGACGUACAAUCAUGUUUGUUCUACACCUGGUGUUUGUGAUUAUGUCUGUACAAUCAAGCCUUUCCUUCCCACUCACCUGUACGCUUGUGGUCAUUAACAAGUCAGCGUCGACAAACAAGACCAACGAUGGCAUUGAAAUUAUACCAAACGUGCAAGUAGAUGCUUUCAAAAAUUCAUUUGAUCCGUCCACGAUUGAUACCAGCACUACACCAGGUAAAGAUGCAGCUCCACAACAACCAUAUACUGACUCUAACGGACCAGGGAUCGAGAUGGUAACACUAUCUACCACUAAAAGUGUCACAAUAACACAACCAGAAUCGGCACCUGCACCUGGUCCUGACAAUCAAACAUCGGCAGCUGGGAGUACAGUGUCACUUUCUGAUACAACUGCUGUUGACAAGACAGUGGAUGAGAAAACGACCACAUCUGACACGACUAUAAAAGAGACAACGGCAGCUGAUGUGACUGUUGAGACAAAGGUAACAGCUGAGGAGACCUCAAAUGCUGACACAGCCGUAAAGGAGACCACGACCAGUCCUGACGCGACAGUAAAGGAGACCACGACCACAGCCGAUACGACAGUUAAGGAGACCACAACCACAGCUGAUACGACAGUAAAGGAGACAACUAGUAUACCAUAUUAUGACGAUGAACAUCAGGGUCAUGGUAGACCCUCCGGAAACACCUUCUACAGAACUUAUUACAAUCCCACAAUCUACAACCAUCGAUCCUCCAAUGGUGUAUGAUUAUUAAUAAUACACCAGCCGCCCCACAUGUUGAACAUACUAAUAUCAAUUGUUCGUUUCAAUAACCUCAGCCGAAGGCAAAAUUGAUAAACCCCCUUUUGAUCAGUAUUGUUGAAAGUGUGUUUGUUUACAAGAUGUAAUAUGCAUGUCUGCAUUGUCACCAUGAAUGGGAGAGGGGUAGCUUAGUGGCUGCAAUAACUUUUCAAGCCUUGAAGAGCCCAGAGAAACCCGACAUUUCAACCAUACCGUGUACAUAUAGAAAUUGGAAGAGAUAUAACAAACUAACAUAAUUUUAAUUACGACCAUUUACUGACAACGGAAUUUGACUAUUCCACUUAUGUGUAUACGCGUAUCCGUAAAAACGUUUAAUACACAUUGUCAAAUAUUUCUUGUUUUGGUAACAUUGAAACAAUCCAGGUAUCGCAUGAAUGGCCAUCCCUAUCUGAAAUACUUUUUUCAUGUCUUCCAAUUUGGUUUCAUGGUAAAGGCUGUCAUUUCUUUCAAAACAUAUUUCUGGAACAGGAAUUAUGAAUACCAUAACUGCAUGCUCUAACAGUCACGAGUACACCUAUACAAUCAACGGUAUCAUUCGAUAAGUCUAUGAGGUUUGUGCUUAAUCGUGCGUUUGACAAAAGUGGUUUAACAAUAAUACCUGACCACUGCCCUGACCAUGCGAUAUCCUGCGAUUUAACUGAAAUACUGCUAAAAUGACUUCAACCAACAUCGAUUGCUUUGCUCAGUCGCUUUCUCUUAUUAAAAUCCAAUCGUUUUUGGUUACAUUGAAACGUAAUGUUGUCUAUUUUUAUAUUAAAAUUGUUCCUUGCUGAA